CUGAUUCCAAUUUAGAUUAAUAAAGUUAUAUAUCGAGUCCGGUCUCAGGUGUGAAUAACCCUUAAUAACGAAGGGGUAGUUUCCAGGACAACUAGCCUGCUGGCUUUAAAAAUUUAAUCGAUAUAUAGCGGUUGUAUAUGGCAACUAGCCUCAGCUAGAGUUUAAUAAAGUCAAUGUCAAAAUGUUGAAUCCGUGCAAAGAACGAGAACCUAGGGUCAUCGAUAAUGCCCUAAUAGCCAAAUGUAUAGAUUUGCAAUAUCCCAAAGGCGAGGUGGGUCGUUUAUUGCGUCUCGAAGGUAUUCCGAUGGAAGAAAUUCAGCAAAUACGUUUCGAGUAUCUUUACAUUUUGAAAAUCGAUCAUCUUUGGGUACUCAAGUCGCUGGUGAAGCUCAGCUUGAAUAAUAAUUUUAUUGAGAAAAUUGAAAAUUUAGAAAGCCUGGUGCAUUUGAAAGAGCUAGACUUGUCGUUUAAUAAAAUUGCGAAAAUUGAAAAUUUAGACAGUUUGGUGAAGCUAGAAAAAAUUACUCUUUAUGAAAAUCUAAUUGAGGUUGUUGAAAAUAUGGAUCAACAAGUGAAAUUAACUGUUUUCAGCAUUGGUAAAAAUAGAAUUUGCAAUAAGGAAAACUUAAAUUAUUUCCGCAGAUUUCCAGAGCUAACCUCUUUAAAUAUGGCUGGCAACCCUUGCACUGGAGACACAGAGGACCCAAAUAACGAUAUUCGAUUAUACGUUGGAGCCUUUCUACCUACUUUAGUUUAUUAUGAAUACAUAAGGAUCAGUAAUAGUGAAAGAGAACAAGCCAUUAUUAUUCAUGACGAAGCUUUAAAACUUCUAGAAAAGAACGAAAGUAAAGAAAUUGAAGAAAAAGCCGCCCUGGCAAAGGAAUUAAGAGACGCCGAAAUACACUCGAAAAUGUUUGUCGAGCAUUUGAAUAAUGGCAAAUUAUUCGAAACGAUGUAUGAGCGUGAUGUGGAAGGCAAAGCUCUAUUGGAUAUUGGCGAAGAAGUCACCGAACUAUAUGAAGAAUACAAAGCUCAAAUCUUAGAAUAUUCCAAACAAGUUUUCCGAAUCGGUGAAAGACAUUACAAUUCGAGAAAUCAGGAGCUUGAUCUUUUUCAUAAGAGCGUAUGGCGAGCUAAAAAAGACAAUCAAGAAGAAAGUAUCCAAUAUAUGGAAAAACUUUUGGGAACAAUAAAUGAGGAAUUAUUCCCAGACAUUAAUAACUGCAAAAUGCAAUUAGAGCACGAUGCAAUAACCGAAGACGAGUUUGAAGAAAAAAUUAAAACAAUCCGAAACACGUUUGAAGAUUUAAUACAUUUAACUUGGAAGAAUUUGAUGAGGCUUGAAGUUACUUUAUUUGAACAAGUGGAGGAGGUCAAUACGGCUUUCGGACAAGGACUUGGCGAGAUGAUCAAUACAUUCAUAGAAGAAGUCCAAGGGGUUUUCACCAACAUUAGAGCAGCAGAAGUAACUUAUUCAGAAACUUUACAAGAUGCUGCAAUCAGAUUUAUGACUGCGGCCAAUGUUAAUCCUGAAGAAGAGGAUAUUCCUGCAUCUUUAACAGAAAUUUUAAUAGACAGGGAUACAUUAAAUAAUGCCAUGGCUGCAACUCAUGACAUUCAUAUGCAAGUUAUUGAUUCUAGGGAAGAUGUUUUGAUUCACCGAUCUAGAGCAUGGUUGGAAGCACUCAUUACUGAACUAGUUGACGAAGAAAUUGCAAGAGACAGAUACAAAUUAUUGGAAAUAAAUCAUUUCUUGGAUAUACAACGCGAAGAGUUUGACGAAUUAGCUACCGAAAGUGGCACUUUAUACACGGAAGAAUAUGAAAUAUAGAUUGAUUGUUGCUUCUAAAGAUCAAAAGAAGAUUGCAGAAGAUUAAUUUUAAAAAACAAAUCUGUAAAAUAAUAAUUAGUUGAACGAUAAAUAAAUAAACUUCUUU